UCAUAGGAUUGUUUUUCAUAUGGUUUCCUGAUUGUGUCUGAGUUUGGUUUGGUAUUUGUGAAGUUCAGUGGUUUUGUGAAGACGCGGAAACAUAUAUUUAGAAAAAUAGAGCCGUAAUCACGUACAGAGAUGGCGCAAUCGCGCGGGGUGAAAGGUCUGAAGGACGACAGUGAUGGGUCAGACUCCGACUAUGAUGGGUUCUAUGACGACCCCGAUGCCGAGGACUUGGACCAAAGAGCAGCUCAAGAGACGAAAGCGUGGAACCUGUUCAGAGAACUCCCAGUCAAGAAGGAGAGUGGGUCCAUGGCGUCCACCGUGUGGAUCGAUGCCAGUGUGAAGGGACUCAAACUGCUAGCCUACGUUUUUGUGUUCAUCUUCGUCUUGGGCUCAGCUGUGUUGUCGAAAGGGACGUUGCUGUUUAUUACGUCUCAGUUGAAGAAAGGGCGGGUGAUUCCGUACUGUAAUGUGCAAUUGGCUCUGGACAAACAGUUUGAAACAGUUUUGCCUUUUGAAGAGCGGCUGGCGUGGCUGUGGGCAGCUCUCAUAGUGUUUGGAUUCCCUGAAGUAUUAACCUUGUUCCGAUCGGCUAGGAUAUGUUUUUUCAAAACUUCUGUUAAGCCUUCUAUUAUGGAAUUUAUGUUUUCAUUCAUAAUAGCAUCACUAGAGACGGUCGGCUACGCUAUGCUGGUGCUCACCAUCCUCCCAGCUCUGGACGUGGUGAAGGGAGCCAUGCUGAUGAACGCCAUGUGCUUCGUCCCCGGUCUCCUCAACCUGGUCUCCAGAGACUACACCGAUAGCACUUACCAGCUAAAGAUAGUCUUGGAUGUUAUGGCCGUGUCUGCUCAAGUCACUGCGUUUGUCGUCUGGCCACUCACGACGGAGAAUUCGGGAGAAUUGUGGUGCAUUCCUGUUGCUUGCGUGUUCAUUUCUCUUGGCUGGUGGGAGAAUUAUAUCAACUAUGUUGAUAAGAAGUCUUCUAUGUUUCUGAUCAUGCUGCAUAACUUGAGAGGCAAUUUGAAGAAGUCUCGCUACUACACGGAGCGCGCGCUGUCUGUAUGGAGGAUCUUCCUUUUCAUGUCAUGUAUAGUUUUUACUUUAUACAUACAAGGUGAUGACCCUUUGGCUUUCUUCACAAAAGUACCUGAAAUUUUUGAUGACCGAAAUCUAUCUGUCCAAGAGGUCCUGAUACAAAUCACAGAUGCAUUACAAAGCGAAGUAAGCUAUGAACCGACGGGAGAACCAAAAGUACUGCCAAUUUGGUGGCAGGCACCCCUGUGGGCUGCCCUGACGCAGGUCUUAUCUGGCUACUUGUGCUUCUACAUGGGCAAGUUUGCCUGCAAGAUCCUCAUACAGAACUUCAGCUUCACUUUUGCCCUCAGUCUGGUCGGACCUUUGACGGUAAACUUGUUGAUUGUCUUUGCUGGACUCAAAAAUAAUGAUACCUGCGCAUUUCACAAUGGCAUCCCCGAUUAUUUAACAUUUGCAAUACCUCCAGUGUACUACGUCUGGAAUUACAUAACCAACGAAAAGGUCUGGAUCUGGCUACUAUGGCUGGUGUCACAAGCAUGGGUCACCUUCCACACGUGGCAGCCACGGUGCAAGAGACUCGCAGCCAUGGACAAUCUGUUCAGAAAGCCUUGGUACAACGGAAUCCUUAUCGAUCAGUCGCUCCUGUUGAAUAGAACUAAGGAUGAUGAUGAUCCUAUCAGCGACGAAUACCCUGAUGAAAAUCAAAGUCGAGAAAGUAUUGAUGCCGCAGAUGUUAAGCCUUCUGAUAAAGUUACAAGGAUCUAUAUUUGCGCAACGAUGUGGCAUGAAACUAAAGAUGAAAUGAUCGAGUUCUUGAAGUCAAUCAUGCGAAUGGACGAAGACCAAUGCGCUCACCGCGUAGCAAGGAAGUACUUGAAUAUUAUCAACGAUGACUAUUAUGAGUUAGAAACUCACAUUUUCAUGGACGAUGCGUUUGAAGUAUCUGAUCACAGCGCAGAAGAUUCUCAAGUGAACCGUUUCGUAAAAUGUCUCGUAGAAACAAUUGACGAAGCGGCGUCAGAGGUUCACUACACUCAUGUUAGGCUGAGACCACCCAAGAAGUACCCAACACCAUACGGAGGCAGAUUAGUAUGGACGUUACCCGGAAAGACGAAGAUGAUUUGUCACUUGAAGGAUAAGUCUAAGAUACGUCACAGGAAGCGUUGGUCCCAGGUAAUGUACAUGUACUACUUCCUCGGUCACCGACUGAUGGAUUUGCCGAUAUCAGUGGAGCGAAAGGAGGUCAUUUCAGAGCACACCUACUUGCUGGCUUUGGACGGAGACAUUGACUUCAAGCCGCUCGCUGUGCAUAUCUUGGUGCAUUUGAUGGACGCAAACAAGAACCUUGGAGCUGCUUGUGGACGCAUCCACCCUGUAGGCUCUGGAUUCAUGGCAUGGUAUCAAAAGUUCGAGUACGCAAUUGGUCAUUGGCUCCAAAAAUCUACAGAACACAUGAUUGGCUGCGUACUUUGUAGUCCAGGAUGCUUCUCAUUGUUUAGAGGAAAAGCUCUCAUGGAUGACAAUGUAAUGAAGAAGUACACUUUGACGUCACACGAAGCUAGACAUUACGUGCAGUACGAUCAGGGCGAGGACCGUUGGCUGUGCACACUGCUUCUGCAAAGAGGCUACCGAGUAGAGUACUCAGCUGCGUCAGACGCGUUCACUCACUGCCCCGAACACUUCGGAGAGUUCUUCAACCAACGUCGACGAUGGGUGCCGUCCACCAUGGCCAAUAUCCUGGACCUGCUCGCCGACUCAAAACGCACAGUCCAAGUCAAUGAUAACAUCUCUACGUUAUAUAUUAUCUACCAGAUGACGUUAAUGUUGGGUACGGUGCUGGGCCCAGGGACCAUUUUCCUCAUGUUGACCGGUGCUUUGAACGCCAUCUUUGGAAUCAGCAACAUCAAUGCUCUAAUGUGGAAUUUAGUUCCAGUUACAGUGUUUCUUAUUGUCUGCAUGACGUGCAAAUCUGAAGUGCAGCUAUUCCUGGCCAAUUUAAUUACCUGUUUCUACACAAUGAUGAUGAUGGUGGUAAUGGUGGGAAUAGUACUGCAAAUCAUGGAAGAUGGGUGGUUAGCGCCAUCUAGUAUGUUCACAGUGGCAACAUUUUCUAUCUUCUUCAUCACAGCAGCGUUACAUCCGCAGGAAGUUGGUUGUCUUGCGUAUUUGCUGAUCUACUACAUUACUAUUCCGAGCAUGUACAUGUUGCUCACUAUCUACUCACUGUGUAAUCUUAACAACGUGUCUUGGGGUACGCGAGAGGUUGCGCAAAAGAAAACUGCAAAGGAAAUGGCACAAGACCUAAAAGAUGCAGAAGAGGCCAAAAAGAAAAUGGAAGCUCAAGGCCUUGCGAAAUGGUUGGGUAAAACUGAGGAGGACAGUGGAUCCAUAGAGUUUGGAGUUGCUGGUUUGUGCAGACUAAUGUGCUGUAUGAAUCCUAACGAUCAUCGCAACGACAUGCAUCUGAUGCAAAUAUCAAACACACUGGAAAAAAUGCAGAAGCAAUUGGAAAAUUUGGGUGCAGAUUCUCCUGCUGAGCCUCCGUCAGCCCCGAUGCGUCGACGCUCCUCCAUGGGCUUGCGAGGAGAACCACUUGCUAUGGUACCAGAAUAUGCCGAAAGUGAUGACACCAGUGAAAUGCCCAGGGAAGAAAGGGAUGAUUUGAUCAACCCGUACUGGAUAGAGGAUCCUGAACUGGAAAAAGGUGAAGUGGACUUUUUGCCAACAGCUGAAACAGAGUUCUGGAAAGAUCUCAUUGACACAUACCUGCGACCUAUUGACGAAGAUAAAAAAGAACUGGAAAGAAUCAGCACAGAUUUGAAGAGUCUGCGAGACUUGAUGGUGUUUGCGUUUCUGAUGCUGAACAUUCUGUUUGUGCUGACAGUGUUCAUGCUGCAGCUGAACCAAGACAAACUGCACUUCAAGUGGCCGAUAGGGCAGAAGGUGGACAUACAGUAUGAAAAGGAAACAAAUUACAUUAUUAUAGACCAAGACUUUUUGCAACUGGAGCCUAUUGGUACCCUUUUCAUCGUGUUCUUUGGGUCUGUGAUGUUGAUCCAAUUCACGGCGAUGGUGGUCCACCGCUGGGGAACACUCACCCACUUGCUGUCCACGGUCAACCUCAACUGGUACUGCACUAAACGGGUUGAAGAAUUCUCCAACCAAGCAAACAUAGAGAACAACGGCAUAGAGAUCGCCAGAGAUCUUCAGAAACUGAACGACGAAGAUCUGACUCCGGCCAGCAACAACGUCGGCCGACGCAAGACUGUGCAGAAUCUGCUCAACAAACGAGACACUAAGAGCGCCCCCAUCAACUUGGACGCCAACUUCAAGAGACGACUCACUAUGGUCAUGCAGGACCCUGAUCAAGCUACGGUGAUCAACCGCAUGCCGUCGCUGGGCAGCAGCGAGGUGGCCCGGCGCGCCACGCUGCGCGCGCUGCAGAACCGCCGCGAGUCCGUCAAGCCGGGCAGCCUGCGCGCCUCGGCCAUGUUCAACAAUGCUGCUCAGCUGGGUGAGCUCCCGCGGCGUCCCUCCGGCGUGGCGUACAUCAACAAGGCGUACGAGCCUGCGCUGGACAGCGACGAGGAGUCGCCCGCGCCGCGCCGCAGCACCGUGCGCUUCACCGAGACCUUCACAUGAUCACAUGACGAACCACUAGACACGAGAUGGAGAUUACACGUGAAGAACCACAGCUGUAACUAGAUGGAGAUUAAAGUGAAAUAAAAUGAGUAUAAUUGUGUAA